UAACCACUGACGCUAAAUAGAGAGACUGAACUGGCAGGAAAGCUAUUGAGAAGUAGCUAAUGAUCAGAAAUUACAAUUUAUUAGUCUUACACGUGCAUAUACUUACAUUAAUUAGUGAGGACGCUUUCAGUCGGACUUGUUCUAACGCUUGCGGGGAUUUUUUUUUGUUCUUUUUGCGAAGGACUGAAAGCAGGAAACUAAUGGGACCAAUGCGAGACAGACUCUCAACAGCUGGUUAAGGAUGUAUUUAACGAGGCCAAAGUCCUCCAAAGGACGAAGCAGACCUGCUGUGAACAAGCCUAUUUAUGCAGCCGAGACAAACGGCGCCCAGAGACCGCCCGUGCCUCCGGAGGCUCCCGUGCGCAGCAGCAGACCGGACGGAGGCUUCCGCUCCCUGUCCCAGCCCGUCACGUGGCAGUCCAGCCAGCUGAGCCAGGACGAGGUGCUGCUCAUGCGGAACCACGCUCCCCCUGCUCCGGCCGCGCCACAGACACUCAACAAGUACAAGGUUCUUCCAUCCAUAGAGAGGAGGCACUCGGAGGUGAGUCCUGGGAGGAACCAGGCCAGAGACACGUCCGAGCUCAGCCUGGCUGAUGACGGCGCUCCGCAGCAAAGCCGGGGGCACGUGGUCCCCGGACCAGCCGUGGUCGAGCAUCCCACUUUGCUCCUGGCUGUGCGAGCACCGUGUGGCAGGAGGUUUCAGCAGCACUUUGAGCCUACUGACACUCUUUGGACGGUGAGAGCCAGCGCAGAAGCCAGAUUUGGAGAACAGUAUGGAGAAGCCUCUAUUGAGACUAUGGAUGUGCCACGCAGGAGCUUCACAGAUAUGGACAUGACUUUGGCCCAGUGUGGCAUCAUAAACAAAUCAGUGCUGUGCAUCUCUCUUAAUUAAUUUUUGAAAUAAUAUUGCAGAAACAUCAUCAAUGAACAGAUUGUUUUCAUUUAUAGCCAUCUGAUAAAAUUAGGACACCAUAAUCUCAAUUUGACAAUACAGAGAGGUUAAAGCAAUUGAUCUAAGCACUUAAACCAUGUGAAGGGAUUUUCUAUAAAAUGUAAUUUCACAAAGCAAAUUCUAACUGAGGCAAAAGUUAGGACACCCUCACACAUGUUCCCUCUUAAAUUGGCUCAAAUCACACACAGGUCAGACCAAGUUCACAUAAUUGGUAGAUUGUUCCUUAGCAUUUUAAAUGAGGCUUGCCCUAUCAGACAUUUAGUUUCGUGUGCUCCUCACUGUUGAAGUGAGAGUAAGCACCAUUUUAAGAGCAAAAGAGCGGUCAGAGGCCUUCAGAAAAAAUUUGUAGCAUCCUGAGUCUGGUAAGGGAUUUAAAAACAACCUUAAAAGAAUUUGAAAUCAGCAAUUCCACUGUCUGAAUGAUAGUCUACAUCAUGAUAAUCAUCAGUAACAAUGUAAAUCUGAACACAACUAUUUUGAAAUUAUUUUAUACACUUGUGAUAAAGCCAGGCAUUUUUUUGUUCUGAAUGCAUUCUCAAUUACUUAAUUGCUUAAAGACAAAACCAUUUCUGGGAGGUACUCAAAGAAAACUGUAUUUAAUAAACAGAAAACUUCUGCUCAUUACAAAUUUUAUUAAAACAAUCACAAAUGUACAAAAUGAGGUGAUUUUUUUUAAUCUUCAAUAAAAUAUCGAGGUCCAUCAAAUGUGAGAACUUUUCAAAGACACCCAACAGAAUUGUCUUUGACACAGGCAGAACCCUUCUAACCGGCAUAUGAAAAGAACAAACAAUGACUUAUUCAUUUUUCUUAUCUACAAAAAAAACAAACAAAAAAAACACACAACACAACCACCACCAAAUGCAACAACAACCAAAUUCAACACCACCACCAC